AUUUAUUCGCUUGACAUUUGCGCUCAAAAGCAUUUUGUCUCACACGAAUCACCCCAUGUGCGACCGCGUGUUCAUUGACAUUUGUCGGCAAACAAAUUAAAGAAAAAUCCAAUUUCUCAUUGUUCGUCUACGUGCGUGUGGAAAAUUUGUGAAAAUGGUGAUUGCGAAAGAAAUAUUGACGGAUUAUAAGGAAGUCUAUGAAAAGGCUAUCAAAUAUGUAAACGAGGAAAGUAAAAUUGAUCCGCCUACAGAUCCAUUUCGUUCACACUAUGCUGCCCGCGAGCUAUUGCUGCAGAUGAAGGAAAAUCUUAAAAAUUCACUAGCUUCAAUUGUCGCUGAGGAGGCGGACGAUGGUCGAGAUGAUUUCACUUAUGUUGUGUUGCAUGCAUUUGUAUGUCGUGACCUUGGGCGUAUCGCAGUAUUCACUGAAGAAAUUUCAACCGGGGAGCGGCUGCUACAGGAGUGUUUAGAUUUGGUGGAGCCACACAAAAUGAAACCUGAGGCUAUUAUUCCAUAUGUGGGUGCUCUCAAUGAAAUAGGCAUAUUGCAAGCAAAUCGUUCGGAAUAUAAACUGGCAUUCGACACGCUAAUCAAAUCUGAACAAGCAUAUAAAGAGUUCUUGAAUACCAGUGGCAAAGCUAUGUGUAUUACUGAUAUAUUUGGCACACCCGAGUGGAAGAGGGCAAAGGAACCAAAGAACUUGAAGGCCUUUACACUUUGUGUACAUUUUACUUGGCACAGGUAUAUGGGCAUUUGGGUGAACUGGAGAAGUCUGCAAAAUAUUGCCAUAUGACGCUGCGCCGCCAAUUGGAUGCCAACUCUUACGAACCCAUUGAUUUUGCGUUGAAUGCGGCUACGUUAUCACAGUAUUUUAUAGGUGAAAAUAUGUUUAAAGAGGCGCGGCAUCACUUGGCUGCAGCUACCCAUAUUAUGGCUGAACACGAGGCCAAUAUGUUGACGCCAGAGUUGACUGAGGAACAGCGCGCUGACGUAACAGAAACAUUUAAGCAUAGGUAUGCAGAUGUAGCGCGCUGUUGGUCUAAAUAUGGGUUGGCGUUAUUAAGUGCUUCGAAAGAACGUUUGUAUAACGACGACGACGAAAAGGUGACUAAAGAUGUAAAACGCCUGACCGUUGAUCCAAAUGCGUACCGCUUUCCCGGACUGAAAAUUGACCUUUAUGAAGAUCGCGUAACUGCAGAUUAUUGUUUGACUUUUGACGACGCGAAACCUGUAUAUCAUUUCGUUAUUGACUGGCUAGACCAGGCAAAAGAGUACUAUAAACCAGAUAUUGAAGCGACGGAGUAUGCCAAAAUUAUUAAGGAUUACGCAGAAUUGUAUCAGCAUAUUGCUUUCUUCGAAGAGGACCCAGUUAACCAAGCAAAAAUGCAAAAACGUCGCGCGAAAUACUAUGAAGAUUUACUUGAACUCCUCAAUCCAGUCUUCUAUAUGGGUAUCUGUCGCGAAUGUUGGUAUGGCGCCGGGCUCUCCUAUUGUGCCAUUUUAGAUAUUAAAUUAGAUGCACUAAAAGAACGUCGUACCCCACAGCCACAAGAUUUACAAAAGAUAAAUCAAACCUGCCAAAAAGCAAUACAAAAUUUCCAAGAAUUUGUAAAAUCGUACACGGACAAAGAUAGUGACACGAUCAAAGCCAGUGCUGACGCGGAGGAGCAACGCAACGUGCUCUAUGCCUACUUUCAUUUGGGACGCUUACAUUUCAAAAUGAUAACACCCGAUCUAAACUUGCAACUUGAGAAUAUGAAUAAUAGCCUCAAGUAUUAUAAACUUUUUACGGAUGAAUGUGCAGCCCGCAAAGAGAUUGCCGAAACGCUGAACGCCGAAGUGGGCGUUUGCCGUGAAAUGGUUAAUUUGUUGCCGCUGAAAAUUGCCAAUAUAAAAAAACGUUUGCCAAAGUAGAUGCACCACAUCCACCACAUGUAUCACAUGCGACAUUUAUUUAUUUAUUGCAUUUAAAUUUUAGUUGAAAUUGAUUGAGGAUUGAGACAUUUUAAUGUGAUAACUUGUGUAAAAGUGAUUCAGGCGACGGUGCUAUUUUGGUACCUCCAUGGUUUGCUUCUGCUUGAGAAAAGUAAGUUCGGAACUGUCCAAUAGAAUGCAAUAAUUUAAAAUGAACGCUUAGGGACAAAUACAUACAAUGUAGCUAAAUACGUUGCCAAUUUGGUUAAUAAUUAAAUGAAUUUUAGAAUUGCAAUAAUAAAUACAGGUGGAUGGUUUUUCAAAUCAAUAUGUAAUUCGACCGUCUAAGGGCUGUGCACAAACAUUCUCUAUAUGUAUGUACGGUGACCAGAUUUCUGUGGACCAAAAUCGGGACAUUUCUAAAGCAUCGAAUCCGAGCAUACA